GCCACGAGUCAAAGCAGAGGCAGAAGGAGACACAGAACCAUGAAGGAGGAAUUAGCCAACCGGACCACCAAAGCCGCGGAUCCGUCCAAAGAGGAAAAACCGAUGGGGAGAAACUGGAAAGACAGAAUCGGACUACUCUUGAAGACCAACUCAGCCCAUUCGAUCUCAAAUCGAAUGAAGACCAAAUCGCACAGGCCGACGGUGGAUGACGUGACGCAGUGGGCGCAGUCGCUUGACAAACUCCUCGGUCAUAAAUAUGGAAAGACGGCCUUUUGCAUCUUCCUGAAGACCGAGUUCUGCGAGGAGAACAUUGAGUUUUGGAACGCCUGCGAGGACCUCAGGAUGCUGUCGUCGCAUCAAGAGCUGACGUCCAAGGCCAACAGCAUUUACGAGGAGUUCAUUAAAAACGAAGCUCCCAAAGAGGUCAACCUCGACUUUUACACCAAAAACAAAAUCAUCCAAAAUCUCAACGAGCCCAACGUGGCCAGCUUUCUAGCGGCCCAGCGAAAAGUCUACAGCCUGAUGGAGAACAACUCCUACCCGAGGUUCAUCCACUCGGAGCUCUACAAUGAACUGUUGGUGGCUGCGAGACGGCGACGACGCUGAAAGGGCUUCAAAGUCGACUCGAAACUUGGUGAACGGAUGAACGAAGCGCCAGCAUGGCCUCAACCAAAGGGACCCUGAAACUGUUUCUGAGCAUCAACACUCGCGACGAGAGUGGAAAAUACAACUGAAGCUGUUUUAAGCUUCCCUUCAUUCUUUUUUUUUUUUUUUUUUUUUUAAACAAAUGACUUCUAUGACAUUCGUAUAAUGAAGCGGGACGUUACAUCCGGAUACGAUUCACGUUGCUUUCAAGUUAUAUUCACUUCACUCCGAUACUAUGACAACAUACAAUGUGAUUUUUAUGAUUAUUUAAUUUAUUUUUUGGGUGUACUUACUGCAUUUGUUAGCAGCAUUGCAGACGCAAGGAGUACUUGUAUUUCGACUUCCACGGUUUUUUUGGACUGUUGUAAGAUCUCUCGUUAUGGAUUUCGUUAUUUGAUGUUGCAUUACAUUUGUGAAAACACUGUACAGUAUAACUAAAAUCUAUUUUUCCAAUUGA